GCUCCGAGAAGUUGUCCGUUCUGCAGGAGCAGUGGCUGCAGUGCGAUGGCAACUGGAAGAAAUCCAGCUUCUAUCUGGAGAUCAAGAAGUCCAAGGCUGAGCGGAAGAGAGGCUGCCGAAUGUGGAUGACGCGAGCGCAGCUCAUCGCGAAGUACGGUAGCGCAGCCCUAGCGGACGAGAUCAUCUCCAACAAGGAGGCUGACCCAAGCGGCACACAGACAAAGGAUCACCCAGAGGCUCCGGGCAACAAGGAGCUGCGCUUGUACCUGGUGUGGGACAGUGAAGCUGAGAUUACUGAAGAGGAUGAGGUGUUGACUAGCCUCAUGUCCUGCGCCGAUGAAGACUCUGAUGAUGAGUCCUCCCGUCCAAGGGCUGCCAAGCGCCGGUGCCACAAGCCUGCGGAUGACAACAAGAAAAAGAAGAAAAAGAGCAAAAGGACGAGCAGCAGUCAGGAUGAUGACACGGAAGAUGGGAGCGCUAGCGAGGAGGAACCGCUUUCUUGCAACACGUGUCACAAA